AUGUCUUCGCGCUGUUCAAGCCUUCCUAGCCAAGCAAGGCUACGCCCGUGGCAAGCGGUCUGGCGUGAGGGAGUACCGAAUGAAAAAAGCACAUGA